CGCGCGCCUCAAUCCAAGAUGGCUACAGGAGACAAUAGCGGUCGGGCUCCGUGUUUAAAUUUAUCCGGACCCGGACCUCUGGGUAACAGCCAACCGAGUAACAGUCCUUACGCAAUAGCUGCGGCUCACGGAGGAUCCGUCGUGGGCGGUGGAGGGUCUCAGGGCACUACCAGACGCUCGAACCCUCAGCCGGGGCCUGCAGGCCUGGAAAGCCCCGGUAUUGCGUCGGGACCUCCGCCGAACCUGAUGAACUCUCUCCCGUCGGCGGUGGCGGGGCCGCUGGCUCCUCUCGCCUCGAAUAUGACAGGAAACCCGUCUAACGCAGCGAUGACACCGGCGGUCGUCACGCAUUCUGCUGCCGCCGUGCUUGUGUACCGGGAGCCCGUUUAUAACUGGCAAGCGACGAAAAGCACCGUAAAGGAGAGAUUUGCGUUUCUGUUCAAUAAUGAAGUGCUGAGCGACGUUCACUUUCUAGUGGGUAAAGGAAUGGGUGUUCAGCGGAUACCUGCACACAGGUUUGUUCUGGCAGUUGGCAGCGCUGUGUUUGAUGCCAUGUUUAAUGGAGGCAUGGCCACCACAUCUACAGAAAUCGAGCUUCCUGAUGUUGAAGCUGCUGCGUUCCUUGCCUUGCUGAAGUUCUUAUACUCUGAUGAAGUUCACAUUGGACCAGAGACAGUGAUGACCACUCUGUACACCGCCAAGAAAUACGCCGUGCCGGCCCUGGAGGCCCAUUGCGUCGAGUUUCUCAAGAAGAACCUGCGAGCGGACAACGCCUUCAUGCUGCUCACACAGGCUCGACUCUUCGACGAGCCGCAGUUGGCCAGUCUGUGUCUGGAGAACAUUGACAAGAACACAGGAGACGCUCUGGCUGCGGAGGGAUUCACAGACGUUGAUCUGGACACGCUGGUUGCAGUUUUGGAGAGGGACACUCUGGGUGUGCGAGAGGUGCGUUUGUUCGGGGCAGCGGUCCGCUGGGCAGAGGCAGAGGCUCACCGUCAGCAGCUACAGCCCACACCAGAGAACAAGAGACGUGUGCUGGGCAAAGCCCUCAGUCUCAUCCGCUUCCCCCUCAUGACGAUAGAGGAGUUUGCCGCAGGUCCUGCCCAGUCGGCCAUUCUGACAGACAGAGAGGUUGUGAGUCUGUUCCUGCACUUUACUGUAAACCCUAAACCACGUGUGGAGUUUAUCGACCGGCCGCGCUGCUGUCUGCGGGGGAAAGAAUGCAGUAUCACACGCUUCGGACAGGUGGAGAGCCGCUGGGGCUACAGCGGAACCAGCGACCGCAUUCGGUUCUCUGUAAAUCGCAGGAUAUUUAUCGUGGGUUUUGGACUGUAUGGAUCCAUACACGGACCUACAGACUAUCAAGUAAACAUACAGAUCAUUCACACAGACAGCAACACAGUGUUGGGUCAGAAUGACACGGGCUUCAGCUGUGACGGGUCAGCCAGCACUUUCAGAGUCAUGUUUAAAGAGCCAGUGGAGGUUCUGCCUAAUGUCAAUUACACCGCCUGCGCUACAUUAAAGGGUCCAGAUUCACACUACGGCACUAAAGGCAUGAGGAAGGUGACGCACGAGUUAUCCGGAUCCGGAACCAAAACCUGCUUCACGUUCUGCUACGCCGCAGGCAACAACAAUGGCACAUCUGUAGAGGACGGACAAAUCCCAGAAAUCAUCUUCUACACGUAGUCAUCGGGACAACUCGAGGCUCACACACGGACUGUUUCCAGUGGCACAAUAUCUGAGGACUGACAGUAAAGAAGUGCAAAGAAAUGGACAUUUGAGCCACUCAUUAUCAUUACGGGAUGGACAGUUUAUCUUCAGGGGUUUUUGUGCAUUUAAUAAUUGACAGUAGAAACUUUUUGAGUGCCCAUAUUUACACAUUACAAACAACCGAACUGACUAUUAACAGAAAAUGCAUUACUAAUCCAUGACCGACAGUUUAAAUGUCAAAUACAGAUGUAUGUUUAUUUUUAUGUAUCUUUAACAGUUGAUUCAGCAUCAGUAUAUUUGGGUUGCAAUUAAAAAUCUUGCCGAAUCAGCACCUCACACUAUUUCAGAGUAUUUAACUACUAGAGUGAAUCUCACAAAACCUUACUGGGUCACAUUUCACCCUAUUUUCUUCAUGCAAAAUAUCAUUUUACGGCUACAAUUUCUAUUUAAUUUUUUUUCCGAUUUUAGGGUGAAAUGUGACCUGAAAUUGUUUUUGUGAAAUGAAUAAAUUCAGCACUUAAUGAAACUAGAGAAUUAAAAAAAGAAUAAUAAUCCAUUCAGGAAAGCCACAUUAUUUAUUAUUUAGGAUGAACUUAAACUUGAACUCGUGCAUGCCAUUAUUACGACUGUAGACUGCUUAGCACAAACACACACCUGCAGAUUGAUUGUUUCAUUGUUGAUGGGUCUGUAAUAUUGCACCAGUUUCUAUGAUUUCUCCUGUCAAAUAAAUUGAAUCAUAUUCUUUAAA